UUACUGUUCUUUUGAAUGAGAAAGAAAAGUCCACAAUUAAAAAAUAUUCUUCCGCCACGGGCGUUAUCCGUCUCAAACUCCACAUCACACGGACGUGGCCCGUCUCACCGACUGUGCAGCGAAAAUCUUGAUAAAAUCCCACAGAAGACAGUGAAAUUGCCGCUUUAUUCGAAGAGCAUACAGAAUAGGAAGAUGGUGCUGUUAGCAGCUGCCAUUUGCACGAAGAGCGGGAAGGCCCUUGUUUCCCGCCAGUUCGUGGAGAUGACCAGAUCUCGUAUCGAGGGGCUCUUGGCAGCGUUUCCAAAGCUGAUGAACACGGGCAAGCAGCACACGUUUGUGGAGACCGAAAGCGUGAGAUACGUCUAUCAGCCUCUGGAGAAGCUCUACAUGCUUCUCAUAACUACGAAGACCAGCAACAUCCUUGAAGACUUGGAAACUCUUAGGUUAUUUUCCCGUGUGAUUCCAGAAUACUGCAGAGCAAUGGAAGAAAGUGAAAUCCUUGACCAUUCAUUUGAACUUAUUUUUGCCUUUGAUGAAAUCGUUGCCCUUGGCUAUCGGGAGAGCGUGAACCUAGCUCAGAUCCGUACAUUCACAGAGAUGGACUCGCAUGAAGAAAAGGUUUAUCAAGCUGUCAGAGAGUCUCAAGAGAAAGAAGCUAAGCAGAAGAUGCAGCAGCGAGCGAGGGAGCUCGCCAAACAGAGGCAGGAGGCCAUGAGGUCAGGCAAGAGAGGGUAUGGCAGCGGGGGUUAUGGGUCAUCAAGCUCGUCAGGGAUGUCAUCGAUGUCCAGCUCGAUGACAAUUGUCACACCGGAAAAACCUAUCGAACCAUCAAAGCCUAUCAAACCAUCGGGUACAGGCAAGGCCAUGAAGCUAGGCAAGUCAACGAAGAGUACAGACAUCUUUGUUGAUAAACUCAGAUUAGAAGGGGAAGAGGUCACAUCAAAUGCACCCAAGAGCAGACAAUCCUCAAACGUCGCCAAAACCAUAACACCUGCCAGUAAAACAGAAGGAAUUCACAUAAGAGUGGAAGAGAAGAUGACCGUCUCGACGGGUAGAGAUGGAGGCCUCCAAACCUUUGAUGUACAUGGUAUGAUGACACUACGUAUCUCAGACCAGAAAUAUGGAAAGAUCAAGAUUGGUGUAGCAAACAAUGAUGACAAAGGAGCACAAUUACAGACACAUCCCAACGUGGACAAGAAAUUAUUUGCAUCUCAAUCGUACAUUGGCAUGAAGAUUCCUGACAGACCGUUCCCAGUUAAUAACGACGUCGGUGUUCUUAAGUGGAGACUCCAAUCCUCAGAUGAGACAUUGAUCCCCUUAUUAAUUAACUGCUGGCCAUCACCUAACAAUGAGGGCGGUUGUGAUGUGAAUAUAGAAUAUGAGCUCUUACAAGAAGAUAUGGAACUUCAAGAUGUGGUCAUCAACAUACCUGUGCCAUCUGGUGUUGGCGCCCCCAAGGUUAGCGAGGUAGAUGGUAACUACAAGCACGAUUCAAGACACAACAUGCUAGAGUGGAGCUUGCCCGUCAUUGAUACCAGCAACAAGACCGGUAGUAUGGAGUUUGCUAUUGCUGGUCAACCCGAUGAUUUCUUCCCCAUUACUGUCAGUUUUAUCUCCAGGAAAUCAUACUGUGAUAUUCAGGUUGAGGAUGUCUUAGCAGUUGAAAGUGACCAGCCAGUCAAGUUUUCAUCGGACGUUGCCCUUCUUGUGGACAAGUAUGAAGUUGUAUAAGACCCAGAC